GCUAAAGCGCAUCAACAUCACUGUGGACAUAAAACGUGCCAAACGAGAUGUAAGCGUGCAGACUUGAAGUGUCAGCACCAUUCAAAUCAUUCAGCCUGCUGUGCGGAAGUCGAUGCAGAUGGCACAGCUGUUACUGAGCCUCUGAUCCAGACCCUCUGAGACUGAGCUGCCACCGCUGUAUUGGCUCCGCUCAGUGGCCUCUGCUAGGCAUUCAACGUCCGGAGAGAAAACAGGUUCUCAACUGUGUUGUUAUUGACCGGCAGAGAGAAAGAGGCGGGUCGAUAAGUGGAUCAGAUUUAUUAGCGGUCCAGAUUGGCUACAGGCAGCACGCCAAAUGUCAGAGGAGCCUCAGUCCGUGGGACUGCACACCGCGCGCUGCAUUUAGGUGAGAGGAACGCCAGACAAGCAGCGUGUCUAAGUGCGGCACAAUUUCAAGCAAUUUCAAGUGGAAGGGAAAGUGAAGCAGCAGGAUGGACCUGGUCAAAAUUGCAGUGUCCUUCCACAUUCUCCUGUGUCCUGCGUGGGCCUUAUCCCGUCACUCUUACAUGGACGGCAUCCUCUCAGCCCCGUCAGCCCUCAGGUUGCUGGCUGAGCCGAUAAGGUUUGACCCCUGCUGUCUCAUGUCACCGCCUCCGCCACCGCUCUUCCCUCCGCCACCACAGCUGUGGAAACGAGGCAGCCCUGAUGGUAUUAGCAUGUUAGAGCCAAGUGUAAUUGGAGGAGAGAAGCAGCAAAGAAAAACACCUGUAAUACUGGGGUGUUCACCUGGACCUCCAGGACCUCCAGGACCUCCAGGACCCCAGGGCCCAGAGGGUCAUAGUGGGCUACCCGGUAUAAGAGGACCAAAAGGGGAAAAGGGAGAAAUUGGACGCCCAGGGUCAAAGGGUCGUACAGGAGCUCCAGGCCUCCCAGGGAAACAAGGACUACCAGGAUGGCCUGGUCCAGAGGGAGCCAAGGGUGAGAAAGGGGAUCCAGGUCUCAUGGGCUUACCAGGACUGAGGGGACCACCAGGGACAAAGGGUCUACCUGGUUACAAAGGAGAGAAGGGGGCUCGUGGUGACCCGGCAUCAGCAGGACCAAAAGGCGAUAAGGGUUCAAUUGGUUUGCCCGGGAUGCUUGGCCAGAAGGGUGAACAGGGACCAAAGGGAGAGCCAGGAAUCUCGGGGAAGAGAGGACCAACUGGACGGCCUGGGAAGAGAGGCAAACAGGGCAUGAAGGGCCAUUCUGGAGCUCCAGGAGUCAUGGGCCCCCCAGGUGCUCCAGGUCCCAAUGGCCAUCCUGGGCCUCCUGGUCCACCUGCCUCAGGUCUUUAUCUAGUAGGGGAGAAGGGAGAGAAGGGUCUCCCAGGUCCACCCGGUCGCUGCGACUGUGACUCCAUGCUUGGAGCAAAUAACGCUCCUUUUGGAAGCUACACACAACGGGGUGGCCUCAAUAAAGUCCCUGCAAUAUUUGUGGUCAACAGUGAGGAGGAGAUGGGCCGUCUUCAUCUGGACAACUCAAUAGCAUUCAGGAAGGAUCAGAGGAUUCUGUACUUCAAAGAUAAAGAUGGAUGGAAGCCCAUACAGCCCUUCCAGCCGUUCCAGUCCACAGAGAAAGUCCCGGACAGAGUUGGCAUGUGUGGGGAUGGAAAGGUGCAGGCCCAGCACGGAGAGGAGUGUGAUGAUGGAAACCAGAUUGUCACUGAUGCUUGCCUCAACUGUAAAUGGGCCUACUGUGGAGAUGGCUACCGGCAUGAAGGCAUGGAGGAGUGUGAUGGAAAGGACUUUGGUUAUCAGACCUGCAAGUCCUAUCUUCCUGGAUCGUUUGGGCAGCUCAGAUGCACUGACUCUUGCCUCAUUGAUUCUACUGGCUGCAAGUACUUCACCUGAGCUGUAAAGCUGAAAAAUGGCCGCACUGCAACUUUGCAAUACCUCUCUCUGAUCAUGGGGAUUAUACUUCAGACCUCUGUUGGAGACUCACCCCUUAAAAAAACUGACUGAUGGACUGAGAGAGAAGUUAAGGGAAGCUCUUGUGCCUGUUUUGAGCCAUGAAUAGUCAUGGAAGUCAGCUUUGAAUCGACUGUCACCCCUGCCCCAGAGUUUUAACUCUUUUAUUGGCUUCAGAGAGCAGCUGUUUGUUACUGUCACACCUAUUGGCUGCAGCACUGUUAUGGACACUGAUGGUGGGAAACAUUUAAUGAUUGUAACAUAUGAAAUAGUUACAAUGUGUAUGACUUGCCGACUGUUAAUGCAGAAAUAAGCUGUGUUCUGAACUUCUUUUAUAGUGAGAAAAAAAGAGCCUUUUCCCUAAAGAGGCAAUAAUAUUGAUGAUACUAUAUGUACUGUAGUAUUCAAGUCAGGGGUGUGUAAAUGUGUUUACUUCUGUGCACUGUAUUUGAAAACAUAUAUUUAUGGAGUGCACUGCUGUGAUAUUGCAUGUAAAUGUGUUUCGGUGUACAGCACACUGCUUUAACCUGUGCUGUAAAUGUACUAGCCAAAGUAUUGCCAUCUACAAAUGAAUGUCCAAAUACUCCGACAGAAGGAAAAUGAAUGUCUUAUUACAAUAACAACAAAAAAAAAGUACCAUUGAUUAUUAUGGCAGCAUGAAGAAACUGCUCUAUUACAACAAUAUGAUCCAAUGUGAUUAAUUGAUAAUCUGCCUGCAUGCCUGUAAGUUUCAUAAAGCACUGUACACUAAAUAAAGAAUAGGCCUAGA